AAUAAAUUAUCACUUGAUCUUUGGACAUUCCUCCAUGCAAAAUGGUAUAUAAAGUGAUAUGUUUAAUAUUUUUGAGUAGUUCCGUUUUGAUUAUUGGAAAAGCAACUUACACCGACAUGUAUUUCAAAUCACUAUUUUUUUUAAGUGUCAUAUUUUUUGCGAGUGUCAGUGCACGCACAGUACGCGAGAUUGCAUCCAAUCAAGAGGCUCCAUCGCUUUUAAAUUUAUUUGAAACUAUUAACGAGAAUUUUAAGAAGUUUGGAGAUUCGGUUUCAAAAUCCUUUAACUCACAAAAGUUUGAAGAAAGUGGACGAGAUGUUGCUAAACAAUUAGAUGAGUGGGGUGCGAAUAUCAAGAAAGAGACUGAAAACCUGAAAGAUAACGAGGCUGUCAAGAGCUUAAGGGAAUCUGUAGAUAAGGCAUUGGAAGAAUUCAAACAAUCACCUGAUGUAAAAGUCGUUAUUGAAAAAUAUCAAACUGGGGCAGAUGCGUUUGUAGCCAAACUUAACAAAAUAAAGGAGACUGAGGAACCAAAGUUGCAGGGUCUUUCCCAGAAGAUUUUGGAACAAACCACUACUACACUACAGGAUAUUGCAAAUAUUUUUCAACAAAAUGUAAAACAAUAAAUUUGUAUCCAAAUAUACAUAUAUGCUAGAACAAAAUAUAAGUAGUGCACACAUUCAUAAAAAGUGAA